CUCCCGCGCAAGUACAAGAUCAAGAGCUUCUUUUCAUGGUACCGACCUGGCCAAAAAAAGGAAAACCCCCUAUUUUCUUCCUAGGCUUGUCUACCUUGUACAAACGCAACCACUUUGCUGUCUCUUUCAGUCUUAUUCUUCUAACUAGAGACCUCCGUUCGGAUCUGCAAGGGUGGAGAUGCCGACUUCUUUUCUGAACCGCGUCUUCGACAAGGACGACCCCCGCAAGUCGAGCCUUGAACUUGCCCCUUUUCUGUUCCCCGGCCAUGUUGACCUGGCUGACGACGACCUGGACGUGAGAGCCUUGACCCAAGGCACGACCAAUGGUCUCUUCAAGGUCAGCCUCAGCCGUCGACGGGCAACGGCAGCCACGGCCGCUACACCAGUUUUGGUCAAGGUCUAUGGAGACGGCACGGAAAUCACCAUUGACAGGAACAAGGAGCUGAGGGUGCACGAGCUCCUUUCGGAAAACCAGCUCUCUUCGUCCCCCCUGGUCCGAUUUGCCAAUGGCCAUGCCUAUCAAUUCAUCCCCGGGCUCCCCUGUUCGGAGGAUGAUAUCGCGCAGGAAAAGAUCUGGCGGGGCGUCGCCAGGGAGCUGGCUCGCUGGCAUGCUACCCUUCCUGUCGUCGAGUCGGAUGAUCCGCAAAAGACCUUCACUUAUGAGCCCAGCAUCUGGGCCACGGCGAAGAAGUGGCUAGACGCUAUCUUGAGCCAGCCUGGGCGGUCGACGGAUAGUAAGGAGAGGCUGCGUGAGGAGUUUGAAUAUCUCACGAAGAAGCUGUUGUUUAAUGGCAGUGCCUCUGAUUCCUUGGUCCUCGGACACGGCGAUCUACUCUGCGGUAACAUCAUCGUGCAGGACCCCAGCCACGGCUCAGCACCGCCAGAAAUUGCUUCCGUCCUGUUCAUCGAUUACGAACAUGCGACCUAUUGUCCCAGGGCGUUUGAGCUGGCGAAUCACUUUGCCGAAUGGGCCGGGUUCCAAUGCGACUACGACCUUUUGCCGACAAAAGCAACGCGUCGGGCCUUCAUCCGGGAGUAUCUGCAGUCGCACUCAGACAUCAUCACCCGGGCCCGGCAGCCAAACGCAAAAGGGAACAUGAAUGCGACGGAUGUCACGGACGCUGAGGUGGAUGAAUUGACGGGCCAAGUCGACGCCUUUCGGGGGUUCCCUGGGUUUUACUGGGGCCUCUGCGCUCUCAUUCAGGCAGAGACAUCCACGGGGAGCAUCGAAUUUGAUUAUAGCGGCUACGCGGAAAAGCGGUUCGCCGAGUACAGGGCGUGGCGCAAUGCGGAAGAGGGACGCUUGAGCGACCAUGGACAUGAUGGACUCCCACUGAGGGAGCGGAUGUGGGCGUCAUAAGAUGUGAUCCUGGGAUGAUGUGAUGAUCUACGAUGUGCAUGCAUGUCGUGUCUGGCGUCGGGAUAGGACAGAGCUCGGACAAAACACAUAGAACACCGUGAACCACAUUGGGUCAGAGCCGAGACAACACUCGCCUCCUUUUGUCUUCAAUGUCUUAGUCUCACGUAUGCCCCUUUCUCUUCCACGACCUUUGAUUGGUGAGCCUUGACGUCAAUUUCAGACAGCUCGUAAUCCAUUAGCCAC